AAAGCAAAAUAAAAAAAAAAUUAUGCUUUGGGAAAAUAGCUGCGGAAUCGAGGCAUUUUCCUAAAUUAUAUUCCAUAAGAUAUUCUGAGGGACACUCCACUCGCUGCUGCUCCAGAGAGAGAGCGCUCCCAAUGUCCUCUUUCUCCAGCCCGGCAAGAGAAACAAACAGAUAAUCGUUUGGAGUAGUCUCUUCUCUUGUCCAGGUGAACGUUGGUUGUCUUCUGGACAGACUCACAAGCGAAAAAGCCAGUAAAUAAGGCUUCCUUUCUCUUCUCCUCUUCUUUCUAAUAGACCGAAAAAAGGUGAAGGGAAACCAAGAAAGAUAGUUGAUGGGGAGGAGCUUCAUACUCGUACUUGUUACUUCCCUUCUACUAAUGCUCAUUGGAGUGUGCCAAGGGAGCAAAGUUGGAGUUUGCUAUGGAAGAAAUGCUGAUGAUCUUCCCACACCAGAUAAAGCUGUACAAUUGAUUCAAAAUCAUAACAUUAAGUAUGUGAGGAUUUAUGACUCUAACAUCCAAGUUCUGAAGGCCUUUGCAAAUAGUGGAAUUGAGCUGGUGAUUGGUAUUCCAAAUUCAGACUUGUUGCCAUUCUCACAAUUUCAAUCUAAUGCUGAUACUUGGUUAAGAAACAACAUUCUUCCAUAUUAUCCAGCCACAAAGAUCACAUACAUAACAGUUGGUGCUGAAGCCACUGAGGUUCCCAAAAAUGUCUCUGCGAUGGUAGUACCUGCUAUGCAGAAUGUUUUCACUGCUCUGAGAAAGGCUGGUCUUCACAAGAAAAUCAAAGUUUCCACUACUCAUUCUUUGGGUGUUUUGUCCCGGUCAUAUCCACCUUCAGCAGGGGCUUUCAAUAGUAGCUAUGCAUUCUUUCUGAGACCCUUGCUGGAAUUUCUUGCUGAGAAUCAGUCACCUUUCAUGGUUGAUACAUACCCUUACUAUGCCUACAGGGAUUCCUCUAGCAACGUUUCCCUGGAUUAUGCUCUAUUUGAGUCAUCGUCUGAAGUAAUCGACCCAAAUACUGGUUUACUUUACACAAAUAUGUUUGAUGCCCAGAUUGAUGCUAUUUACUUUGCUUUGAUGGCUCUCAAUUUCAGAACCAUUAAAAUAAUGGUGACCGAGACAGGCUGGCCAUCCAAAGGAUCUCCUAAAGAAACAGCUGCAACUGCAGACAAUGCCCAAACUUACAACACAAAUCUGAUUCGCCAUGUCAUCAAUGACACUGGCACUCCAGCAAAGCCAGGACAGGAGCUAGAUGUAUACAUCUUUUCCUUGUUCAAUGAGAACAGGAAACCAGGGUUAGAAUCUGAGAGAAACUGGGGCUUAUUUUUCCCGGACCAGACAAGUGUAUACAACCUUGACUUCACUGGCAGGGGUACAGUGGAUAUCACAACAGGUGCCAACAUCACUAGUUCAAAUGAAACAUGGUGUGUUGCAGCAUCUAAUGCUUCUGAUGCUGACCUUCAGAAUGCCCUCGAUUGGGCUUGUGGAUCUGGGAAUGUGGAUUGUUCUGCUAUUCAGCCAAGUCAGCCUUGUUUUGAGCCAGAUAACCUCGUAUCUCAUGCAUCAUAUGCUUUUAACAGUUAUUACCAACAGAAUGGGGCUACUGAUAUUGCUUGCAGCUUUGGAGGAAAUGGGCUUAGAACGAAUAAGAACCCAAGCUACGACAACUGCAUUUAUGCAACCGUUGGGAGCCGGAAAACUGCUGCGAGUAAUGCAACAGCUGCAAGUGCUUCAAAAUCUGCAUCAUCUGUUGGAAAAGUUUCUAUCCAUGUCCCUGGUUGCCUGCUUAUGGGUUUCUUGACUAUCCUUUUAACUGUGGUAAUUUCUUGAAAAGAACUUUUGAUUUUGGCGAGCAUGGCUGCCGUGUCUCAGGGAUAAGCACGGUGGCCUCCGGAAAUGUGCUUUACUAGAUUUGGUAAAAAGGUUAUAGGACGAAUCUUCCCUCGAAUUUUGCAUGUAACUGUAGGUACUCAACUUGGGGGGGACGGAUGGAUGGUUGGUAUGUCAAAAGCAAAGCCAUUAAUGAGAGAGAAUUAGAUCUGCUUUUCUUUUGUGUUUUUUUUGUUGAUGUCUGUUGGGUAAUAUUCCUCCCACGAGGAUUCCUGUUUUGUAAUUCUGCAUCAACUAUUCUCAAGCCGAGUCCCCUUUUUAUAAGCACGAGGCUCAAUUCACUGCGAGGAUAUAGAUAUUCCUUUCCUUGAA